AUGCAGCUGCGGCCACUUCUCCGAGCUGGUCUCCUGUUAUCAGCACUCCCUUCUUCCUGGGCUGCUUCUAGCUGGGGGUUUGAUGAUGGGGUGGUCUCAAUUGCACAGACGGGUGCUGGAGGUGGCAGUGGAUUGAAGCAGAAGUUAUCGGAGAAUAAACUACUAUCGAAGCCGGUUCCUUUCGGAGAGUCAGAUAUUCUUAAGCUUAGUUUAACGACACGGGAGGGCGUUGCUGCCAAAAGAGCUCACCAGGUUUUUUUACUGCUAAAAGAGCUCGAUAGCGGACUCGACCUGUCCUAUCCACUAAGUGUGAGGGAAAGCGGAAAGGCAAAUUUGGAGUUGGCACAAAAAGACCUUCCUACUCAGUUCCUCCAAUCCUCGCAGCCCAUCAAAGCCAAUUUUGUGAUCGCCUCGUUCGGGUCAACGAAAGGAUAUGAAAGCGGCGUUUUCCAGUUGGACGUCAUCCGCGACAAAGCUGCCAAUGAACCGCUUCCCUCAGAUCCUCCCAGAUAUGGCAAGCGCGAGGAAAUCCACCAUAUCUUUAAGGCGGAUCCCAAAAGCCCUCUAUUCAUCAUAACGCUGAUGUUUAUCGUUGCAGUCUUGGCUGGUUUUCCUACACUUGCAGGUUUGUUCUUCUAUCUGGGCGUAAAUAUGAAUCACCUCCCGGUUGCACUAAAGUCAUCUCCUAUCUCUCAUAUCUUUUUUAUUGGUUCGAUUGUUGGGUUAGAGGGCAUAUUCUUCCUUUAUUACACAACAUGGAACUUGUUCCAAACGCUACCUGUUGCAUUGGCAAUGGGCGCCGUUGCCUUUGUGAGUGGAAGCCGCGCUUUAAGCGAAGUCCAGGACAGACGUCUCGCAGGAUUGCGCUAA